AUGGAGGCAGACGUGAUACCAGUCACUGAGGAUGAGGUUGGUUUUGAUCCUCAGGAUCUUCUGGAAGAUCCAGCUAGGCAGGAGAUAUCACAGACAUCUUUAGAAAUAAUGCAGCUCCUGGCAGAAUGUGAAGGCGGACGUGAAGUGUUCGGAAACAUCCACCAGGGGAAUUUUAUUUAUGAUAAUGCAAGUCUGGUAGGAAGCUCUUCAGAGCUAUCUGAUAUUUUUCAAGAUGACACCCACACCAAUAUAGAUGCUGAACACAGACUGGAUAAUAUCUUAGCCAAAAGUAUUGAGUCAAUGAAUAAAUCUCCAAAAAAGAAAAAAGAAAAUUGUCAAGAAGAUCAACCAGCAAAGAAAAAACAAAGAAAAUUAAAAGAUUUAAGUCAGAAAUCUUCAAAACCUAAAACCAGUUUGUCGAGGAGUAAAAAUGACAGGAAAGGUGACACUGAUAGAAAGCUUGGGAGGAAGAGACGAGAGGAUUUAGCAAAAUCAUGGACAUCUGAAGAUAGUCAACCUGAGAAACAAGAAACCAAUACUGUUAGAAACAUUUGUAGUUCAUCAGAUAUUGCCUCAUGUCUACGCUUCAAAAAGAAUUCAGAAUAUGAAAUUGAUGAUGAUGGAACAUAUACCUGUAAGAUUUGUGGGAAAAAAUUCACUACUGUAAAAUGUCUUCUGAUUCAUUCCACCAAACAUCGACAGAAAGUGAAGCUAGUGAGAAAGACUCCAAGUAAAACAGAAUCUGAUCAACAACAAAGUAGAAAGAAAAGAGGGAACUCAGAAAAGAAAAUGAUUUUUGGGAUCAUAAAUGAAAAUAAUUCUUGUAAAGGUUUGUCGAUCUCUGAUAUGUGGAAGUCUGCCACUAGUUCUGGUGUUGAUUCAGCAUUAUGUGACCAAGUCCAAACUGAUCAGAGCGGUCCAGGCUCAAGUACUAUUGUUUCUCCUGUAGAUGAAUUCAAUAACGGAAGUGCUUUAGUUCUUAAUGAUUUCCGCAACGAAAGAAAAGGGAAUGCAACAUGUUCAAAAAUAUUAGAGACAUUAUCAAGACAUGGAGCCAAAGAAUACUUGACAUUGAGUGCAAAAAAAUAUAAGAAAAUCUGUAAGAAAGAAACUUUCAGCACAAAAAAAUAUGUUAGAGAAAAAACAGCUGAAAGUUCAAGUAUUGUGAAGACAUCAAAUAGACAAUUGCAAGAAACUCAGAAAAAGUCUGUGACAUCAAGAGGACAGAAUUAUGAAACCAGAUGUACUAAGAAGAAAAAGGGAGUGGAUAGAUGUGACGAGGAAAAGUUUAAACUGAAAAAUGUUUGUGUUCAGGUUAAAUUUCAAGAUGGCAGUGAAUCAAAUCAUAGUAAUGAUUCAGCAUACCUAAGCACAGUGGAUCCCAACCCAAAAACAAAUGGCGGAUUGUUACAGUGUUUUGAUAAGUCACUAGAGAGUUCAGAUAGAAGACAUCAGAGGAAAGUUCAUGUCAGACGCGGACAGCUUGUCAGGAAAAAAAGAACUGAAGUUUGUAAAUCAACAGAGCUGAAGGCAUGCGUAUCUCAACAGGUGUUUAAAGGAAAUAGUUUCAGGAGAAAUAUCCCUGAAGUGAAAGAUGACAGUUUAAAGUCUAGUUUGGGAAGUGAUACAUUUACAAGCAAAUGUAGCUGUGAAAAUGAGGAACUUGUAUGUAAUUUGUUUGAUGACAGACAAAAUACGACAUUUGCCUCCCCUAGCAAAGAUACAAUUUUGAAAGAGAAAUCUGUGUUGGAUACAAAUUCAAACUUAAAUUCUCAUCCAGCAGUUUGUCAGGCUGCGCAAAUGUAUGAUACAAAAACAACAGAAGUUGGCAAUCAAAAGCUUGAUAAUAAUGAAGGAUCAGGAAUUGACUUAAGAUUGGAAAGUUACAACAACAUUGGGCCAAGAGGCAGAAAGGACCUUUCUAGGAAUCAAGAUAAAAAAAAUAAUAUACACUCGGAAAUAUUCCCACAUCAGGGUAAGCAGACAGUACAGCAAGUCACACAGGGAACAGACAGCAAGGGAGACAACUGUUUAGUAGAAGAACAGGAUAGAGUUAAGAGUGCUCCAAAUCAAAUUCCUACACAACCGUCCAGAACUUUUGAUGGUUGUGUAAAUUCCGAUUCAAGCAAUAAAGAUGCUUUAGUGCCAGGAUCUUAUAGUAGAGAAGUAGAAGAUAAACAGACUUUAUCUAGUAAUGACAAAGUGCCUUCGACUCAGCCAUUACAAAAUGGGAAAACUGUGAUAGAAAGUAGUGUGAGUAGACAAUUGUCUCAUGAACUACAGGUUUAUAGUGAGGAAGAGUGUUAUGAACGUGAUGGUAGAAAUGAAACUGAUUCAGAUAACAGUGUUAGUUCUGAUGAUGAAAGUGAACCGUUGGUUUUAUAUAAACAGUCUUGUAGAACUCUCCCGCUUUGUGCCCUUUUAAAUUUGGCAAGACAUCAAAAACUAGAAAAUGACAUGUCUAGAAAUAUCUAUGGAACAAGCCAAGAAAAUGCUGUGGAAACUCAGAAUUCUACUAUAAAAACUUGUACUGAAAUAUCAGAUGUAGAAUGUGGAACAGUGGACCAACAAGUGGAGUUAAGAGGUGAAAAAGAUACGACAGGUCAUAUCAAGAACACUUCCCCACUGUCUGUGGACAAGAUUACGAGUCAUAAAUCAUCACCUGAAAUGAUGAGGUCAAUGUCCACUAACGAUAGGAAGGAAAUUAGUGGAAUGACAUCUGUUGGAAACAUUAACACCAGUAAAUAUGUGUCUGAUUAUUUGCAGGUGGAACAACUCCAGUCUGUAAAUGUGUCAAAGUCUGUGGCUUCAUCAGCUGACACAGUGCCAGGUCAAUCAACAGUUUCAGGAUCGUGUUACGAUCAAGGUUCUGAUUGUCAGAAUAAUGUGGGGCUUUUGUCCACUGAUCCAGUCAAAUCACCACUGAAAAUAUCAAGGGGGGCUUUUUGUGUUGAUGAACGGCAUGAAGAUUUCAUUGAAAAUGGUAGUAAAUCAAACCGUUAUGAUGUUUGUUCCACUCAGGAAUAUAGUGUAUUACAGCCAACAACAGAACAAACAGGAUGGGAUUUGUCAAUGAGUCCUGUUGAAUUUGGAGAUAGAGGGGACAUAUUGGAAAAAUCAGUAACUAAGGUUGAUUGUGAUGUCAAGAAACAUGAAAAAGUUUCUGUCUCAAAUGAAUGUACAAUAUCUUCAUUGAGAAGCAUUAGUGAUGAUAAUUGUGUUGAAGUUACUAUAUUUAGACGAUGUUCUACUUCCUCAGAUAAUGGUGAGGAGUGUAGGCCUGUUGUUACAUCAGAAACAGUCGGAGAGGAUGUAAAUAACGGAACAUUUACAAAAUAUAAAUUUAAUCAGAAUAUUAUGGAGUCAGAUAUUUGGGUAAAUGAAUUGACAGAUAAGCAUUUUGAUGGCACUUCUGUAGAUGAUAGAUGUUCACAAAGUCAAAAUGUAGUCCAUACAUCAAUGUACACUAGUGAACAUGAUAAUAUAAGUUUUUCAAGGAAACCAGACUUGGGAUGUAAGCAGUAUCAGACCGAGCCACAAGAAACGUUACCAAAAAACGUCAUGUCAACUUGUAACUUUGUAGGAUCAUUUGCUGAUGACAUGGUAACAGGAAUCACUAAUGUUGUUGAUACUGACACAAACUCCUCCAGUUCGUCGUUAGUCGGGACAAAAUAUCAUGACUACUGUGCUAGGCAGAUAUCUUAUCAGAAUUUUCUUCAAUGCAAACUUGAUGAAAAAAUGUAUCAGGAUUGUUCUCUGGAAAAUAGUGUGUGUGCUAGGUCAGUUCCUUUUCAAGAUUUUCACAAAAUUAAGGGUCAAGAUUUGACAAGAUCUGAAAAUGAUAUAUUGAAUCAGAGUGAGCAAGUGUGCCCUACAACAGUUUUUGAAAGGGAUGCAGGUUCACAAAAUCUGGAAAUCCAGUUAAGUUGUAAUAUGGAUAAGGCAAUAUAUAUGCAUGCAGAUGACUCUUUUAAAGGAAGCGGGCAACAACCAGAUGUUGUUAAGGAUAUGGAAAAUUCAGCUGUUCGUAAUGAAUCUGGUGUAGAUUUUGAUAGCUACGGAAACAAAUCAGAGUCACCUAUUAUCAGUAUCUCUACUACAGAUUUGGAUCAGAAUGUUUCAAGGACUUCAGAAUCUUGUCAAAGCAUGCAAUUGGAAUCUAAAAAUCAACAAACAAUCCUCUCAGUAUCAGCCGGGCCGCUGUUAGACAAUGCCAUAAAUCCGACUGCUAUGUGUAGUUCAGGAGCGGAAGAUGAAUCGUCUGAAGAUGUAUGUGAUACCCAUGUAAAUAUUGACAAAUUCGACACUUGUGCUCGGGUUCAGCCUUUUGAAACAAACAUCAUGCACAAAUUCUCAGAUAAAACAAAAGUGCUGUUUCGGGAAUACCAUGACCGACAGCAAAACUCCAGGGAUAUUUUUGAUAAUGCUGAUGCUGAGAAAUAUUACGAAGCUGAUUUGGUUAGUACAGAUAUUUGUACUCAAACUGUAUCUAGUUUGGAGGAAAAUGAAUGUUCUAUGUAUGAAAUCCAUACAGAUAGUAUUUCUCCCAACCCAAAUUUUAGUGAAUAUCAUAAUAUGAUGAAUGUAAAAAAUGAUCGAAGCUGUUCGAGUUUCAGUGAAAUUACUAGUGAAGAAGGAGUUUGGUCAACAGAAAGUUUGAAAAAUUCACAUGACUCCAUUAGUGCUAGUUCUAAAGGAUUUAAUACGAAUGAUAUAUUGGACUCCAAGAAUCCUGAAUUAACACCCAAAUCUGAUGUCUUGCCAUUCAAAUCAAGCAUGAAUGUGUUAAACCUGCAGGAUAUAAGUACAUCUGUACUAAAUCAGCAAAAUAUUCCUUUGACUGAAGAAGAACAGCGUUACCUUAAAUCUCCGAAAAAACUGUGGUACAGACAUUAUAUGGACGGAAUAUCAGCCACUGAUACUAAAGAAAAAAAGGGAGAUAAUUCAUACUUUGAAUGUUCAAGUCAUCAAAAUUCCUUUAUAUUUCCAGAGUUGUGCGACUCUAAACCACAUGAAGACAAUGGAGAUAAACUUAGUAAUUGUUUUGAGUCUGAUACAGUUAAAAUUGGUAAAGAAAAUACACCUGAUAAAACCUUAAAUAUUGAAAAUAGGGAUUUUUUGUGUCCGGAGGAGUGUAACAGUCAUUUGUGUGAGGCUGUGAUAGGAAAUGGGGAAGAAAGUCAAAGUACAAACAUUAACAGACAAAGUGAUACAGAAUACCUCAGUGAUACAUCUGUUCGAUUUGAAAUGUGUUCGAGAAUGAGACAGUUUAGGAAGCGAAGAAGUUGUGCAAGAGCUUGUCGUGAUGGAUAUGUGCCAGGAUGUGCACGUAGUAGAAUAUUCACAAAAAACAAAUAAUAUAAAACAUGUCUGUCAUGUAAUUUAAACACAUGUAAGGUACUUGGUCAGCCUUUAUAAAUUGCUUUUCAAUAAACAAAUACAGAAAUUUCUAUCUGUAAACAACCAGUUCCUAUAACUCGGGAAGAAGUAAUAUGUUGACCCCAGAGCUGACUUCCAGGUAGUUAUGAUACUUGAACUAUUUUUAAUGAAUAUUUACAUGUACAUGUUCAAAAGGAUGUAUUUUCAAAUGUAUUGAAAUCUGUAAACUGUUAAAAUAUACUUAACAUAUUG